AUGGCGGCCACGGAGCAGAAAAACAACCAGACCACCACGAAAAACGCCCCAUUUAACAUCGCUGGCGAGUUCAAGACACUCCGAUCAUUAUGCAUCGACAACAUCGAAUACUUCCAAAGAAGCAAAAGUCAGUACAAAGACCGUUAUUUCACUGCUUUCUGUGUUAUAAUGCAAACAGCUGAUGCGACAGAGCCGUUGUUGGAAGGAUUUCAACGCAUCGUUCACCACUUCGAUUUCGAUGAAAACACACCCGGAAAUGGAUACAGAAGUCUUCUACACGUAGUGUUCUGCUGUAUUAAAAAGCUGAUCGAAACUGCCAAGUAUAUAAAAAAUGGUAGAAGCGGUUUGAUGUUCAGAUCUUCUGUGUAUUGUUGUGAAAUCGAAGGAUAUUCUAAUGUAUUCGGACAACUGAAGCUGUUACUAGGGCAGGCACAGAAACUGUUAGGGGGAUCCAAGCCCGGAGAACUCUUCCCUGAUGAAGAACUUUUUCCGUUGAUGGAUGAAAUGUUGGUAGAAGCAGAAUCUCUCUACCGGGAAUGCUUUUAUGGACGAUGUCUUGGUUUCCAGUACCAUGAGUCAAUGCUGCAGCCACUUCAAGUUGUCGCUGUUGCCAUGGCGUCAUUUUCAGAAAGCCGGAAACAACAUGAAGGAGGAUUUGCCCGAUUUGCAUCCACGCUGAUGAACAGUGGUAAGUAUAUGAUGGACUCGGCAUUGAGAGCAGAUCAGAUCGUCAAGGUGACCAGGAAUGCCGACAUCAAAUUUUGUAAAGAAUUUUGGUCAUUAACCGAGGGUGACAUAAUGCAGGCUGUCCCUAAUUUUAUGUGUCCCUCUGUCAGUGUCAAUAAACUGAUUCAGAUUCAGCCGCAUUGCUUUGAAGUGCCCACAGCUGAUGGUGAUGAUACACGGAUGAUAACACCGCCAUGUGCACAUACUGGACCAGGACCAUCAUUCAUCAGAUUGAUAUCUUGUGUACAGAGAGAAGGAGCUUUAAUGGCAGACACAAUCCAUCCUCCCAAUGAGGAGCCAGCACCCCCGCCACCUAAUAAGAAGGUCGCUGCACUAUCAAGAUCCUUACUCAUUCAUAUCCAUGGUGGUGGCUUUGUGGCACAGUCAUCAAAAUCACAUGAGGUUUAUUUAAGAAGUUGGGCCAAAGAACUUGACAUUCCUAUCGUGUCUCUGGACUACAGCCAUGCUCCUGAGCAACCGUUUCCAAGAGCAUUUGAAGAAUGUUUCUUUGCAUACGCCUGGAUUGUUAGAAAUGCUCCUGCACUGGGUUCUUCUGGGAAGCAUAUCUGUUUAGUCGGUGAUAGUGCUGGUGGGAAUUUAGCUGUUGCCGUAGCAAUGAGAGCAGCCAAUUAUGGUAUUCGUAUUCCUGAUGGCAUUGUCACAUUCUAUGCACCAUUCCAAGUUCGUUACUCUCCUUCACCAUCUCGUAUCCUCUCUUUGAUGGACCCAUUGCUUCCUCUUGGUGUCUUGUCUUGUUGCCUAGCGUCAUAUGCAGGGAUGAAGGAAGAAAUGGUUCCCAUGUCUAUGCCUGAUUAUGUCAAUUCACCAAAAUCAGAGCCUUCAACCCCAAGAGAUGCUCCAGAAGGUGCCCAGAGUUUGACUAAUGAUGAGGCAGUUGCUGGUCCACUGUCUACUGAUAGUAGUGGUAUUGAAAAUAAUGUGGAUACGAAAACGCCGACUAGUGUAUCAGUAUCAGAUCUGAAGGUUGAUGAAAAAGAUGGAUCAGAAAUGGAGGAGAUUCCUUUAUCUGAUGAUUCUCCAGUACAGGUUGUCAAUAGCAACAAUGAAAACGAUGAGAAAGAAAAAGGGAAGAAGCCAGCACCAUUGUAUUUCAACUCUCCGACACAGUUGUACCAGAAUAUCACAGUAGGACCACCAUAUGCCAGUUCACCUAUUAGGAAAUACCGUAAUAUUCCCAUUGUAAAUAAUCCAUAUAUAUCACCAUUGGUUGCCGAUGACGAUUUACUGAAAGGUUUACCACCCAUGUUUAUUGUUGCAUGUCAGUUAGAUCCAAUUCUUGAUGACUCAAUCACAUUUGCAAAAAUGCUGAAGAGAAUAGGUGUUCCUGUUAAGGUGAAAGUGGUUGAGAAUUUGUCACACGGCUUUCUCAACUUCAGCAUCGUCAGCAAAGAAGCCAAGAGGAUGUCAGAGGAGUGUUUGAAGUUUAUCCAAGAAGGUUUGUAUGGGCCUACAGGAAAGGAACACUGGGAGGUCUUGGAUGCUGGAGUGCAGACUGAUCCACAUGAGUUACGAGCCAUGUAUAAGGCAGAACAGAAAAGAGAAGCUGAAGGAAGAGUUGCUGCAGCUGGACAACCUCCUGCAGACCAAGGAAUAGCGGCUGAACGACCACAGACAGCUGGAGAGGAACAGCCAAGCAGUUCCCAAGCUCCACACGGUUCUGUGACUGAGCAUCAGCCAGAGAAUCCCAGAAGACAAGUUAGGACUAGUGCUGCUGGAACUAAAUAUGAACAGGGAACGUCAACAGAAGUUCAGAAAGAAAUUCCUGCAUCAUCAGUUCAGACUGUAGCAGUGCAAAAUGUGGAGGCCAGAAAAGAAGUUCUCGAAGAAAAAGUCCCGGAAGGACCUGCUCAGGGAGAUAAAAAGAAGACUGAAGAGGUUGUUGAGAUGAAUACGAAUGUUGCUUCAAGUGAAGAUGCAAAGAGAGUAGUUCCAGAACUUGUAGUGUCUGAAGUGAAAGAUGAAGAAGCUGCGAAAGAAGUUGAAACACAAGAAGAUGCAACGCCAGAGAAACAACCAGAGAAUAAGACAACGCCUGAGGUUGAGCAACAUACUGAGGCGACGUCAGAGGAACAACCAGAGCAUAAGACAACCUCUGAGGUUGAGCAACAUACUGAGGCGACGUCAGAGGAACAACCAGAGCAUAAGACAACAUCUGAGGUUGAGCAAAAUACUGAGACAACAUCAGAAGAACAACCAGAGCGUAAGACAACAUCUGAGGUUGAGCAAAAUACUGAGGCAACAUCAGAGGAAACAUUCCAAGAUAAACCACAACAUGAAGAAACCACAGAUCAACCACAAGAAACAGAAAAGAAAACUUCUACUGAGGAUGAUGUAAAUAAUGUUGCAGAAGAAGAUAAAGCCAACAAUGCCAACCCUCCAGAAGGAUUACAAAGAGGUGAAGGAGAAGGUGAGGAGAGUGAUAAAGAAGACCAAGCUGACAAUUAA